AUGUCGCUCCCCGCAAAGCGUCGUCGCGUUAUUCUACCCGCACCGGGCGCCCAACCCUCCGGAUCGUUCCCAUCAACUUCAUCAUCACUGGUAGCAACGCCGUCUAACCAGCCAUCCGCCUCGGGACGCGGAUCGACCGGAGGAAUUGGGAGUAGCGAGGAACCGUUGUUCGGGAAUGACACGAGUCGCGAUCUUCAGUCCAGAAGUCAGAGCAUCGACUCAUCCUCAGCCGAUGCCAAGAAGCCCAGGACCGCUUCCAAACGACAGGUUAUUGCAGUUGCUUGCGAUAACUGCCGCCGGAGAAAGGCAAAGUGCGACGGCCAUCGCCCAAAAUGCCAACACUGCUCCAAAAGGGGCGUCGAGUGCCAUUAUGAGGCCAACCAGGGCGAGACCGUGAGUCUCGCGCUCAAGCGCAAGGCAAACGACCUCGAAAGCGAAAAUGUCCAGUACAGGGAGCUUUUUCGCAUGGUCUGCACCAAAUCCGAGGACGAGGCAAAGGAGAUUUUUCGCCGUAUACGCCUGUCUGGUGACCCCCUCAGAGUCCUCGAAUCCAUCCGCCAAGCAGAAAUUCUGCUCCCCUCUCUCCCCGUCAAUGACCGCGUGAGCGAUUCGCGUCUAGCAAAGCUCAACGAAAGGGCAAUGGAAAACAGCCUCCUCCGCGUGCCGGCAAAACCCUGGACCACAGUUGCAGACGAUGGUAUAGUCUCCGAGUUGAUUACCGACUUUUUCAGCUGGGACAAUGCCAGUUGCUUUCCCGCCAUUGAGCAGGACUUGUUCCUCGAGGACAUGAGGUCCGGAAACAUCAAGCGCGCCAAGUGGUGUUCCCCUAUCUUGGUCAACGCAAUGUGUGCAGUCCGUGCUCCAUUCGUCGCAACCGUCAAAGAAUUUCAUACCUACACAGGUCAAGAUCUGGCGAGGCAAUUCCGGGAAGAGGUUAUGCAGCUGGUGGAAAAGAGCCAUGGCCGGGCGUCAAUCCCUACAAUCCUUGCCCUUGUCCUCGUGGACUGGUCAGCCAGUAUUGCAGGCGACGAGGCCAGUGCCAAAAUGUACCGCUUCAUGGCCUGGGAAAGGUACAAACGCUUCAAACCGGAGCGACGCUUCGCCCAGCUCAACAAAGACGAUCCCAACGAUGCGAUUGAAAUGCUCGUUAUCUCGAAAGCUGUGUGGGCCAUUUUCUUGAUGGAGAGCCGCGUAUCGUAUUUCUACAAUUCAACCGCAGAUAUCCCACCUCCGUCAAUACCCAGGCUUUUCGACAACUGCGGACGCGACGCACUCGAGCCUCUGGGCAACGUCGACGUUCUCGGUCGACCCUAUCUAGAAUCUACAAACCUGAUACCAAUCAUCCCUGGAAUUGCAACGGUUGUAUCCAAUCUCGCCAGGCUACAGUAUGAUGUCAUGUCGUACCUCACGUCUGGCAGUACCAUCAAGGGAAGCAUCGAAGAUUUGAGGCGCAAGAAGCACUGGAUGCAUGAGAACGAGCUAGCCUAUGCUGUCCUGCAGUCACUCAGCCCAUCAACCAUCUUCGACACUCCCUUCACCCCACACUCAACAACCGUGAAGUCCCUCUGUCUCCAGCACUGCAUCUCCGACACAACCCUCGCAGAGUCAUACCUACAAAGAUACUGUACGCACUCGUACAUCACCCGCGUCAUGUUUGUGGCCAUGCAACACCUCAUGCCCUACCUCAACGAAGGCCACGCUGCCACAAAUGACCUCUUCACCCGCCUCUGCAUGAUGGGCGGUAUCUCGGCGCGCGUCGUCCGAAUGUCAAUGUACCUCCUUCAAGCGGUGCAGGCCAUGGCCUGGGCAAUGAAGCAGGACAUUCCGGCCACCGCGAGGCCUUACCUCGAUCCCUGGGUGAGGCUGGCAAUCCAGGAGAGUGAGACAAAGGCACCGAGCUACGCUGUUCCGGACCGCGAUGAGAUCAAGGCCCUUCUGGCCGACGAUGACCAGAGCGAUGGAGGAUCUGGCGAGAGCGGCGCCGAACUGUGGGCAUUGGUGGAGAAGUGGGCUCUCAGCACUGGAAAGGGUCUCCCAUGA